CAUGCAGUUACCAACACCGAUUUGCCUGACUCUGUUGGAUUAUUCACGUCUGCACCGUGAGCGAGUACGAUAUCAAGACAUCGCUUAUGACGUUUCGUUGCCGCAGACAGGCAGUAGAAAAGAACAUCUAAAAGUCAACAGGGUAUUAGAAGUGUUUAUUCUGUUCUGCUGCUUAAAUUUACAAGUACCUCUAGGAGCAACUGUGGUUUUACUCAACGAUCAAAAGCGGAACGGAUAGUCGUCAUUGCAUUAAUAAUUCAUACACUUGGUUGACUUAUACCCGUCGUCAACAUCAAUAAUUGAUCUUAACUGUCGCGGACAUAAUAAAUUCGGUUGCUCGAAUUUUUUAAGACAUUUAUUAACACGGACAAAAACUUAGUACUGAUUCUGGUUAUCAUGAGACGGCGGCGCAUUUCCAGCACAAAUUUGCAAAGCGCAGUUGACGUUGACGACUACAGGCGAAAGCCUGCUGUCAGGUGCGGAAACCUGGUAAAACUCGGAAACAAUGUAUUUAGAUUGCAAGAUUUACCCGAAGACAGCUGGCUGUGCCGUUCUUUAGAGAUUAUCGGAUUGUUUGUCGUCGUUCUGCUUGUCUACGUCACGUAUUUUCACUACGAGUCGCUUCACUUUCACGUUGCGAAGGGUUACGGUCACCUCGGCUACGCCCCUGCCCAGCAUGUAGUCGGACAGCGAUACUUGACCGGGCGAGGCGCCCCAAAGAAUGAGACCGAAGCUAUGAAGUGGUUCAAAUAUGCCGCCGACCAAGGCCACGCAGAAGCGUCAUUCAACCUCGCUGUUGGACACAUACACGGAAUAAAGACUGGGCUACGACCAGGACAACCAACUAGAUUGCUUUACCAUGCCAGGAAAAAUGGAGUGGAAGAAGCAGAACAUGCUUUAUCACUUUGUGCGAGAAGAGGAUGCGAUAUGUGAUAAGACAUCAAACCCUUUGUGCACAUUUUCUGUGACUUCAUUUUCUAUUUUUACUUUUGAACCAGGUUUUUCACCGCCUGGACUAUGUUCGAAAACUAAUUCUCUACUUCGUUCGAAUCUAUAGGGCGUAGUCGAUUGCAGUACUUUCUGUGGUUAUAUAUUCACACAAGUACUGUUCCCCAUAGCUUUUGAUACAAAUACAGUUACGUCUUUAUGGAA